AUGGCAGCCGGUAGGGAUUUUAGAGUUGAUGCAGUUUUAGCAAAGUGCGAUGAAUGUGGAGCGCCGCUGUUGGGACAAUGUGUCUUUGUGGAGGGGAGACGAGUGCACAGAGCCUGUUUCAAAUGCGCAGGAUGCGGGAUUGGGAUUCCUUGUGAUGAGCGCAACGGAGAACAAUUCAUACGCUAUUACGUGAUAAAUGGAAAGAUUUACGGACCUAAUUGCUAUGUGAAGAGGCUGAGAUGA